AUGUUAUUAAAGCUAAUUAUAUUAGUUUUAAUAGCAGUAUUAAUAUACUUCAUCCUUAAAUUUUCUGUCAAGUCCAUUCUCAGCAGCUAUGCCGAAGUACAAGAACAGAAAGGCAUUUUUUCAUAUGAACAUAUUCAAUUCAAGAAUAAAGGUGUCAACGUCAUUCUAAAAGAUGUUAGUUUAUUCAUAAAUCCAAUCGCCUUCUUCACGAAUUCAAUAUAUUUGCUGUGGUUUGAUGCCAAAUCGAUAGCUGUUGAUGGUUCAUCAAUUGAGUCAUCGCAAACAGACAAACCAGCUGAGAAAGAAGAAAAGGAACCAGAUUACGUCCAUACAACCCUUCUAACUCUUUUUGGAUAUUCAAUAAUAAAGAGGAUUCAUCUUUCAAUUGAGAAUCUGAUACUCAGUCUUCAAAUUUUUGACUUAUCGAUUAACGCCCGCGGUCUCGUCAAUUAUAUAAAAAUUGAGGUUAAGAAUUGA